UUUUGCAUUUCCGGGGAGCAGGACUGCUUAGUUUACCAACAGUCCUCCUCCCUGUCAGUUUGGGCACACUGCUGUGGAUGGCUGAGCAGAGCCAUGCAGAGCAGUGUGCUUACAGUGAAUCACACCCCCCCGCCCCCCAUUAAAACACUCCCAUCACACAGUUACCCUUUGAUUGCCCCUCAUUGUUAACCCCUUCCAGCCCAGUGCCAUUAGUAUAAUUUCAGUGCUUUUUUUUAGCACUGAUCACUGUAUUGGUGUCACUGGGGAUAUCAGUGAUACCAAGUCAGUCCCCCCCCAGUGUCAGAAUGUCCGCCGCAGUCCUAUUAUAA